GCAAUCAAUCAAUCAAAAAAGUCUUCAAAGAAUAGAACAACUACUGAGUAAAUUUUUCAACGUUUUUCACAAAUAAUAACAAUUGGUUUUAGGUUUUGCGGACGUUAAUAGAUUAAAAUGUUUGAGCUCAUAUCUUUUUAAAACACAAAGUUUAAUAAACAAACAGUCAAGUAAAAAAAAAGUUAUAUCAAUAAUGCAAUUUUCAGCUAAUUCGAUUGAGAUUUUUUAAAAUAGUUUUGCUGUGUAAUUCCAUAAUUGUUCAUAUAAGCUCUCAUGGUUUCUAUUAGGAAGCUUUUAGUCUUACGCAAUACGUGAUGUGAAGAAGACAGUCAUCAAGUCAAUUUGAACAAGAUAUUAUUACUAUACUUUUAAUUCAGUUACUGAUCAAGAAUUGUAUCGUAAUGAAAAUGGAAUGAGAAUAAUCAAGUCUUUUGAACCUCAAGUUACAACUGUUAAUCUGUAGUAUUAAAAUUAUUUUGUUAUUUUUGAAUUCAUUUCUAAUGAUUCUUAUUAGAAAAUUAGCUCUUAAUUCAAACAACCAUACCUUUUUAUAUGGAGUUAUUUUUAAACAUCCGUAUGAAACAUUUUUGAACUUUGUGAACUUAGUUUGUGAUUUAUAGUAGUUCUUACUUUUAUACAAGCGGUGAUAUUGUUCCUGUAACACAAGGUAUUUAAAGUUUCUAUUGCUCAAGCAUAUUUAAUCCUUCAAGGUGUGAUAUUUCACAUUUAUUUGCAGAUUAAACAAUUUUAUUCUUAUUUAAAAUUAAUAUGAUUUCUAUGUGAUAUGAUAAAAAAAAACUUUUUAAUAAUGCAUUAGCUUACGUUUGCAAAAUUAUAUGCUUAUAGCUUGUGUAUACAAUCUGUAAAUACCGAUCUAGUCUUCUUACUGUAGCAGGUGCAAUAUCGGUUUUCCAAAAUGAAUGAACCUAUGAAGUGUAAAAAAAUACGGUUUAAAGACCAUAUUGUUAAUGGUGAAAAACCCUAUUCUUGCGUCAUAUGCAAUAAAGGAUUUGCAAAAAGGAAUCAACUAGCAAAUCAUAAUUUUGUUCAUACUAGGGAAAAGCUCCAUUAUUGUACCACAUGCAAUAAAGGUUUUUCAUUCAAGCAUCAAUUAACUAAUCACAAUCUCGUUCAUACCCAAGAAAAAGCUUUUUCUUGUAAUGUAUGCCGUAAAAGAUUUUCGCAAAAGAUUCAUUUAAAAAUUCAUAGUGCUGUUCAUUCUGAUGAAAAACCUUUUUCAUGCAUCGUGUGUAACAAAAAAUUUACACAAAAAAGUAAUCUUACGUAUCACUUACUUCUUCAUACUGGUGAGAAACCUUUUUCUUGUAGCGUAUGCAAUAAAGGAUUUUCCCAAAAAAGCAAUCUAACUCAACACUCUCGUCUUCAUACAGGAGAGAGACGUUAUUCUUGUAGUAUAUGCAAUAAAUCAUUUUCACUUAAAAGUAAUCUAACUCAACAUCUCCUUCUUCAUACUACUGAAAAACCUUAUACCUGUAAUAUAUGCUUUAAAGAUUUUUCAGAAAAGGGUAAUUUGACUAAGCACAGUCUUGUUCAUGUCAAUGAAAAAAAUUUCACUUGUAGUAUAUGUGGCAAAAGUUUCAAAAGAAAAGCUUACUUAACCAAGCAUCAGUUGCGUAGCCAGAAAUGUCUGGAAGGGUCCUCAAAUCUCAAUAGACGGAAAUGAUGCAAUAUUGAUUACAUUUAGCUAUUUCUCAUAAAUGAUGUUGUCGUGAGAAAUUGCUAUGAUGAAAAUAAACUUUUUUGCUAUUAAUAAAAGAAUAUCUAUGGACAUAAAGUUAUAAACAUUAAACCCGAUACAAGAUCAUUAUGAAAUAAUUUAAAGUAUACUACUAUAAUUAAGAGUAUCAUUAGCUGCAGCUUAAUGGACUUUCUAUGAAAGCCUUGACUCCGUAACCAAAACGAUUAUCCUUAUUCUUUCCAAUAUAUAUAUGUAAAAAAAAUACAGUAAAAGCUAGAUGUAACAACCAUGUAAUAUUACAUAAAUCCACUGUUAGCACAAGUAUUUAAGUCACUGUCAAAAUGCUAGUAUUAAAGGCACAAAAAUUUGUAUUUAUAAGGAGCUCUAACUUACUAUCUUUCUGCUAUUGGGAAAGUUUUUUUUAAUUUUUUUUACACCUUAAAAUAGGAAUAUUAUACAAAAAAAUGGAAUUUUUUUUUUCUGGUUUAAAUACAGAAUAGAGAAAAACAAACAUAUUUCCCUUUUAUAUUUAGUCCUUGCUACUUAUUUAGUUGUGUGGAUUACCACUGGUCAAGUUAUAUCUCUCUAUUUUUUAAAGAUCCUGUCACACAUUUCAAAAGAAUGAGAGUUUUGAUGACCAAGUAUCAACCAUGCCUCGAUGGUUUAGUAUUGAAAUCAUUUUAUCUUAUCAAUGAUCAAAAGUUAUGCUCAUUUUUUAUCGUUUAGUUAGCAAAAGCUCCCAGUUCUGUCUAUACUUGGUAGGCUAAAGCAGUCGAUGAAUGCAUUUUAAAUCUAAAUAGUUGUUCAAAGCAAACAGGAAAAAAAAUGAAUGUAUCUAUUUUAGUUUUUUUUUUUUAAUUAUUACUGCUGUUCUAGAAUUAAAUCAAGCUCACUAUACAGGUCUCCUACUGGACUUUCACUGUAUUUUUUUUAAUGCUGCAAUAAAUACCCUUUGCUCAUUCAUUAACACUAUGCGGUCCGCAUAUAUUUAAUGAUAAGUUUGCCAUGUAACCGGUUCUAUGUAACUUGCUCCGCUUUGUAAAAUAGUAUUUUCUAGUGGUAGCGAAAUUUAAGUUACUUUUAGCUUAGUAUUUUUCAUUAU